AUGGUUUCCUUUUUCUGCCUUUCGAAAAUGCCUUUUCCAAUGAGAAUUCAACCGAUCGAUUCUCAAGUAUACAGAGAGUCAUCCAUACGCAACGACACCGUAAAGCCACCUGUGUUUAAGUCGAGGUUAAAGCGGCUUUUCGAUCGGCCUUUUAGAAUUUCAUCGACCGAGAAGCCAACCGCCGGUGGAGAGAAGGAUGGAGAAGCCGACGCGCCGGCGCCGGAUUUUGAGCCUAGCUCUGUUUGGCUGGACAAGAUGGUUCAGAAUUUCAUUGAAGAUACAAAUGAGAAGCAAUCGGCGGCGGCGGCGGCCGCUGCGAAAUGCGGUCGCAACCGCUGCAAUUGCUUCAACGGUAACAACAAUGGCAGCUCCGACGAUGAAUUUGAUUCUUUCUUUGACUCCACUCCAAACUCUUCCUUCAACGACACUUCCGACACACUGAAGAGUUUGGUACCGUGUGCGAGUGUUGUGGAGAGGAAUCUGCUAGCCGACGUUUCGAAAAUUGUGGAAAAAAACAAAACUUGUAAGCGCAAAGACGAUUUGAGGAAAAUCGUUACCGAUGGUCUACUUGCUCUUGGUUACAACGCCUCCAUUUGUAAAUCCAAAUGGGAAAAGUCUUCCUCCAUCCCAGCUGGCGAGUACGAGUAUAUUGAUGUGAUAGAGGAAGGAGAGAGGCUGAUAAUCGACAUAGAUUUAAGAUCGGAGUUCGAAAUAGCACGAUCAACAAGCAAUUAUAAGGUGAUUCUACAGUCUCUACCGAAUAUUUUCGUCGGAAAACCGGAUCGGCUUCUCCAAAUUGUUUCGAUUGUGUCGGAUGCCGCCCUGCAAAGCCUUAAGAAAAAAGAUAUGUAUAUCGCACCGUGGCGUAGAACCGAAUACAUGAAAUCCAAAUGGUUCAGUCCUUAUACCCGAAUCAGGCAGUCAAUCCCAUCAAACGACGCCGUUGAGGUGCCUGCCGGCGCUGAAGCUAAAUACGCACCGGAGACUGAAGAGGGUGUAAAGGAUGAGGCGGAGACGGAUGUUUUGGAAGGUGAGUUUGGGGAAUUGGAUUUAAUUUUUGGAGAGAGAACGUGGUCGUUGCAGUCUGACUUCGAGGAACCUAAAUUGCCUUCAACUCCGGCGAAAGUUUCCGGCGAGGAGGAAAAGCUAGUUUUUUCGAAGGUGACGUGGCAGCUACCGGCAGUGAAGCCCAAGAUUUCCGACGCCGGAAACAGGGUGGUGGUCACCGGAUUAGCUUCACUCCUCAAAGAAAAACUUUGA